UCCGACCUAUUCAACAGCGGUUCUAAAAAUGCGACUUGCUUGGCUGACUUUAUUUUGGGUUUCUCUGAGCUGAGCUCAGUACCCAAUUAUUCCUGAAAAUAAUUGCGAUGGUUUCUAUCAAUAUGCCCCAGCAGCGUUUGAUGGGCAUUAUAUGGGCAUUUUUACUGCACCCUUUAUUUCAAAUUUAAGUUUUCACUGGAAAGCGACAUUUGUAAUUAAAGGACAUCGUGGGAUCUUUGUUAGCCCCCUGAUGCCGUAUCCCAACGAAGAGGGUUCUGCAUCUAGCAUUUUAAGUAACAAGCAGGCUCAGGUAUAUGUAAACUUUGUGAAUAUCAACAACGAGCUGCCAAAACUGAAACUAUUGACAUUAAAUGGAUGGGAGCUUUGCAGUAAUAAAGGAUACGGUAAUUAUUCUACUACAAUGACUGUAAAAUACACAAUGGAUCAACAUAAAAUCGCACAAUACCGGAAUCUACCUAUGGUUACGGAACCUCCCCGAAUAAAUAACCAAAAUAUUUCCAUUAUAUCCAUGGAAUAAUACGAUUUCGUGGAAUUCAACGGAACACUGAUGUUGAUAAUAAU